ACUGCUCUCAGGACCGGGGCGAUGAGCAGCCAGCACGCAAAACUUCCGAGGACUGUUUCGUUUUGGUGAUAAAAUCAGAUUUUUUUGUCGCGGCGGAAACAUUCAGACGACUCAAAUAUGACAAGUAGUGUUAGUUUGCUAACUUUAAGCGGGUUGUUUUAGUGGAAAGAAACUAUAAAAAGUCGUUUCGGUCUAGCUAAACAGGAGACGUGAACCAACCGUCUGAACUCCAAGGCUGAGGGGGGAUUUCUAUUCUAACGUUUUCAAGUGUAUAUUAUUUUUAACAGGGUAUGUCCGUCUUCGGAUCCCAUUUGAACUUGAUUUGGUAAAAAAAAAAAAAAAAAAACGGAUUACGAGACUUUUCUGGACUUUGGCUGGUUAAUUUUACCGUCAUGCUGCCGAACACGGCGCUGUACGCAGUGAAGAAACGGAAGAAGCCGGUGCAGAAAACCCCCAAACAACCUCCCCCCGAUGGCGCCAAGUCCAACCCAUCCAAACGCCACCGCGACCGCCUCAACGGCGAGCUGGACAAGCUCACCAGCCUGCUGCCCUUCUCCGAGGAGGUCCGGGCUCGGCUGGACAAGCUGUCGGUGCUCCGCCUCAGCGUCGGCUACCUGAAGGUGAAAAGCUUCUUCAAUGCGGUCAUGAAGUCAGGUCCGAGUGGCACCAACUGGGCCACUGACCGCAACCUGAUGUUAGGUGGAAAAAUCCCGAAUCCUUCAGCGUCCUCCUCUACUCCCGCCUCUUCUUCUCUGGUGACAUCCGUGGACGGAGUCGGCUUUUCCGAGAGAGACCUACUGCUUCAGGCGCUGAACGGCUUCGUGUUGGUGGUGACAGCUGAAGGUUACGUCUUCUACACGUCCCCCACCAUCCAGGACUUCCUUGGCUUCCAUCAGUCGGACAUCGUCCAUCAGAGCGUGUUCGAGCUCAUCCACUCAGACGACCGAGCGCUCUUCAGACGGCAGCUUCACUUCUCCUUCAACCCGGAGGCUGACGAGUCCGAUGAUUCCGGUGAGCAGAACAGCUCUGAGGUCAGCAGUAAAGUGGUGACCUAUGACCUCCAUGCCAUCCCCCCUGAGAACUCCUCUUUCUUGGAGAGAAGCUUCUGCUGUCGUUUCCGCUGCUUGUUGGACAACUCCUCCGGCUUCCUGGCUCUGAACUUUCGUGGCCGACUGAAGUUCCUUCACGGUCAGAACCGAGUGUCAGAGGAUGGGACGUUGGUUCCUCCGCAGCUCGCUCUGUUCGCCAUCGCCACCCCGCUGCAGCAGCCCUCCAUCCUAGAGAUCCGCACUAAGACCCUCAUCUUCCAGACCAAACACAGGCUGGACUUUACACCGACGGGUAUCGACGGCAGAGGGAAGGUGGUUCUAGGUUACAACGAGGUGGAGAUUUGUAUGAAAGGUUCAGGCUACAGCUUCAUCCAUGCUGCUGACAUGAUGUACUGCGCCGACAAACACCUCAGAAUGAUGAAGACCGGAGAAAGCGGCUUCACCUUCUUCAGGCUGCUGACCAAAGACCGGAGGUGGAUUUGGGUCCAGUCCAACGCCAGGAUGGUGUUUAAAGACGGCAGACCAGAGUUCAUCGUGGCCCGGCAGAGAGCUUUGACAAACGAAGAAGGAGAGGAGCAGCUUCGCCUCCGACAGCUGCAGCUGCCCUUCAGCUUUGCCACCGGAGAGGCGAUGCUGUACGACCAGAUGCCGACCCUGGACAUCUCCGACUCGUGCUCCGCCCCCAAGCAGAGGAGGUUUGACUCUGAUUCAGUGAGUCCUAACUCCUUACUGGGCUGCCUGCUGAGCCAGGACCAGUCUGUGUACUGCAAGCACACCUCUCCCAACAGCAUCAGCUCUCUGAGUGACGUGGCCUUCCAGGACACGCACGCCACCGUCAGCAUCCCCCGAGAUGACACACCCAAACCUGCCACCGGAGGCCCCUUGUUGAAGAUGGACUCCACGGCACAGGACAUGAUAGUGUGCCUGCAGCAGAUCUUCGGGGAAACGGACCUGAUCGAGGCAGUGGACAUGGGCCCUGAGGAGCUGAGGAGCUGGGAGAGUUCCCUGAUGGGGAUGGAUUUUACCACCAGCGAGUUCAGCGAAGACCUGAACGACAUCCUCACCAACGACAUCCUGUCCUACGUGGAGGAGCAGCUCCAGAAGGAGGACGGCCUCCAGCUGGCCAACCAACAAGACCACCUCUCAGUCUGCAUCCCAAACGUAGACCCUCAGAACCAGACUCCUGAUCACGUUGGGCAGCAGAACUUUGGCUGGCCUCUUCAGUCCCAGAACCAGCUAAUGCCCAACGAAGGCCAGCCACAGGGAGCGAUGAAGCUGAGCCAUGUGGACUUUCCUCAGAUGAGUACUUCUGGGUUUAAUGGGUCCCUCCCAGGUUCUUUUCAGAUGGGCAGCUCGGGAAACCUCACAACUCCAAUGACCUUUAACCCUUCAUGCAGUCAAUCACAGAAUCAACAGAAGACUUUUGAAGUCAGUCUAACAGAUGGCAACAUUGGACCCGCUCCACUGAGGCAAAACACGACCUGUCAGGUCCAGACCAACCAAAUGGCUCCAGCAGCAGAGAGGUAUCCUCAGAUAGGGGUGCCUAUCCAGAAUCAAAACACCAGAGGACCAUUAAAUCCAGUCUUUAUCUUUCAAGGUAACCAGUGGGACGACUGGAAUACCUCUGUGUCCAACCCAAACCAAGCCAACCCCUUUGGAGAAUCGUUAGCCCCGAAUUUUCCAUCUAAACCAAGUUUUUCAACAGAUUCUUCCUCGUUCAGUCACGCCACUCCCCAGACACAGAACAAUCAGCUCCAGAGACUGAGGCAGCAUAUUUCAGGACCCCCCCUCAACCAGGUAUCAGGGUUUCAAACAAACCCCGUGGACCUUGUCAGCAGCCAGUCCACAUUCAGAAGUCCACAGACUUCCGCUUUACUGUUUCCCGACCAGAAGGACUGUAUGUUCAGCAAUACCCCCGCUGCGCUGCUUUCUAAUGGAGUCCAGCAAAGUUCCGUCCGGCUGAACCACAACGGCAGUCAUAUCCCCUCCAAGACCUCCUGCUUCUACCAGGCUUUUCCUGAAGACGGGGCUGGAACGGCCUUCGUAAAUCCCAAAGAGACCAAAGAGGCGCUGCUGUCGUACCAGGUGGAUGCUGGGCUGAUGCCGAAUUGUCAGCUGGUACCGCCCCAGAAGUUUCAACACUUCUCCAAACAGAGCCAGAUGGAGCACCAUCCCCUGGUCGGUAACGGAGGUUUCCCGUUCUCCUCGCUGCCCAACACCUGCGUCACAGACAACAAUUAGCGACCGCCGUGAGGUCUGGACGACGACGGAGUCCGAUGGAAGCGUGGAGAUUAGAGGAAACUAAAAGACUCCUGUGAACGAAAGCAGAGUAGACUGAAGAACACACGGACGAGCUGCAAAAGAGACAAAACUGGGUUCAGGUCCAAAAAGGGCAUCGGAACAGGAAGAAGAUCAGGAGGUAGUUAUCAGAGGUGGAAUAAAAAUAACUUGCUGUGUUUGGAUUUUAACAUCACCCCCCACCCCCACCCCAUCACCACCACCGAAAGAAGUGCACAUUUAGCCCUUAUUAGCACUUAUUAAACAGUUUGGUGGUUGUCACGUGUUUGCUGGGAAUAUUUGGAAAUAAAUAUAUAGGUAUAUAUAUAAAAAGAAUAAAGUUAAAUUAGAAGUCAUAGUUCAUUUGAUGUGGGUAAAAAAAACCAGUAACUCAAUCCUGAAGGCUUAUGCAAAACUAUCUUCACUUUAUUUUAGUCUGUUUUUGAACGAAAAGCAAUGUUUUGAUUUUGUGUUUGUAUAAGACAAUGUAGAAAAAUCUGCGUUUAUUUGAAUGUUUAAGCCAAGAAUUUAAAAAAAAUCUUGUGUUGAUUGAAAUGAGCUCAUCACUGCCUCCUAGAGAGGGCAGAGAACCAUACAAUCAAAAGUAAUGGAUAGAAAUCCAAAGCUUUUUAAUGGAUUUGUAGUAAAGCAAGAACAAAAGUGGCACUUUUGUUAGUUAUAACUAAUUAUUAUUUUUUUUUCAUGUAGCACAAGGGUUCCACAACGAAGUGAUUAAACAUAAAAUAAAUGUAUUUAAAACCAUUUAACCCUUAGAUAUUAUCCACUCGUGGUUGGUCCGAGGUCUUUGUUGACCAGAAGGGGGCAGUAGUGAGCUUGUUUUAACUUCAUUGUGGUUUUCCUGCUAUGUUUCAAUGUGUGACCAUAUUUGGACAAAAUGGGUGGAGCUUAGUGACUAGAUAAAGGCAACAUUAAUCUUAAAUUAAAGAGGAUUAGGAGGAGAAAAAUUUAGGGAUGCACGAUAUUAUCGGCAUGGUAUCGGUAUCGGACG